AUGUCGCGAAAUCGUUUUCAGUUGUUGCUUAGUUUCAUGCACUUCUCAUACAACAAUUCAAUUUUACCAGGCGAUCGACUUGGUAAAAUACAACCGCUAAUGGACAUGCUUCAAAUGCGAUAUCAAAGACUUAACGUACAAGGUGAAAAUAUAGUAAUUGAUGAGACCCUUAUUCCAUGGCGAGGCAGACUAAGUUUCCGAAAAUAUAUAGCAAACAAGGCUAAUCCUUAUGGUAUAAAGCAUUUUAAACUCUGCUCUACCGAAGGAUACUUGGUCAGUAAAAAUACAUUCUGGCAAGUCAUCAACUGGGAAUUCGGUUUGGCGAAAAACAUUUGCGAAGAUAUAAGCGCUAAAUUGAAAGGAGAAGGUCGAACGUUAUAUGUAGACAACUUUUACACCAGCUAUGAAUUGGCUCGUUCAAUGAUAAAUCAAAAAACACAUGUUGUCAGUAUACUCCUUGUCAUCAAGAAAUAUUUCCGAAAAGAAUUAAUGGGUGCUCCUAUAAAGAAAGGCGAAGUAGUGGCUAGAGAAAAAUCCAAUGGUAUAGUUGUGCUGAAGUGGAAAGACAAACGUGAUAUCAGAAUGCUUUCUACGAAGCAUGCCCCAGUCAUGGUAUCCACUUUGAACGAACAAAUUAAUCCUGAUGAGCCAUCGACUAAUCGACGAUCGAGAUCUACAAGGCGGGCAACAGAAAAGCCAUUGGCAGUGUUUGAGUAUAAUAAGGGCAAAUCGGGCAUUGGAUCUGUCUGA